AUGAGUGAGGCAAGAUAUGGUAUUGGUGCGGCCCUCUUGAAGAAGAUGGGGUACAAAGAAGGUGAGGGCUUGGGUUCUAAUAAAGAAGGUAUUGUUGCACCAAUCGAAGUAGAUUUGAGACCAAAAGGUCUUGGGGUUGGAGGAGUCGAGGAAAACAAAUCACAAAGGGAUAAGAUAAAGAAUUCCGAAGAUGCUGAUGGUUCUGGAUUGACCACAAUAAAGAAGAAUGAGGCUUAUCAUGUACGUGAAUUUAUCAAUGAGAUGGCGCAAGAUGGUUUGAAAAUCCCGGAGAUUGUGGAGGAGAUUGUGAAGAUCAAUAUAAGCGAUGACUUUCUUAAUGAUUCGGCUAAAACGGUACAUAAUGGUAUUCUGUUUGUGAAGAAAGAUAUAGCGGGCGAUGUUUCAAAAGAUCUACGGUUGGAAGUGGAGCGAAAAUUGAUGGGGCUCGCGAAUGAAUGGAAUGAAACCAACACAAAACAUAAAGAAUAUAGCCAAGCGUACCAUCAACAGCAAAUAGAGCUUGGAAGUUUGGAGAAGCCUUUAAAUAAUUUGGAAUCCUUAUUGAAUUCCUUGAAAGGCAUCCAGGUAGGAAAAGAUCUUCCGUUAUCAGAAAAGAUUGAUUCUACUAGUGGGGCACUAUUGGAGCUAGUCAAAUUUGGCCAGGCAUCCAAUGAGAAUUUGUCCCAUACAGUUGAUAAAAAUAUUAUGAAUUAUAUGAUUGUUAUUUUAUUAUAUCCUUUAUUGAAAAGUUUAUCUGAAAUGUUAUGGAACGUUGAAGACCCUGAAUUUUAUUUUGGAGACUCAAGUGAUGAUAAGUUCAAUUUUUUAAAAUCCGAAAUAAUAAACUGGAAAGAAAUACUCAAUCCGCUUCAAGAUCCUGGUAAUGAUGAAACUUCCUUGAGUCUAUUGGACUCUAUGAUUUCUGACGAGCUAUAUCCAAAGAUAACGGAAUUUUUGGAACUCAAAUGGGAAAAAGAGUCCUGGAAUCUCUUAUUACUAAAAUUCCUUGAGGACUUAAAGGAUAUUUUACAUGAAAGAUUCUUCAAUUAUAUAUUAGUCAGUCAGAUCAAAUCAAGGUUACUAGAAACUAUCAAACUACUACGACCUACUUUUGUUGUGAAGAGCAUUGCUUCUGAGAAUUUCUUUAUUGAAACAAAGAAAUCCUCUUCCCCAAUUCAACAACAACCAUUUUUUGAGUUUUGGUAUAAUUUUUUACCCCAAAUAAUAAGGAAUGACUUGGUAAAGUCUUUGUCGGAAAUAAAUUUCAGAUACCUUUCGUCAAUUGAUAUUACUGAUUUGGAGAAAAAUAUUAUAAAGAAAUCCGGAAGAUCUAUUAAAAAGGAUGAUAUGUUCAUAGAAUAUGAAAUUGAAUUCUCAUACUUAGAUGAACUCAAUCAUUAUUUAGAGAAUAAAAAAGAUAAAGUGGUUAUAUCCUCAUUCUUGACACAUUUUCUUGAAGAAUCAAAGAAAAACUACCGAGUUUCUACGGUUUCUCCUGAUUAUUCUUUUUUCAGAAUUCUAUUUGGUUUGAGAAAAUAUUUACUAUCCACUAACAACACUGACAAUUAUGAUAUUAUCAUUUCUGAUUUCUUCAUACAAGGGAAGUUAAAAGCAAGGCUUUUGGAAUUGUUGGAGGAUGUUUUUGUACUGAAAAGGCUGUUUGAUAUCGCCGUAUGGUUUCAAUCUUGGUAUUCAUUCAUUUUUCACUAUCUUGAGCGGUUAUCAAAGCCUGAAGGUGAUUUUACUCUUCCUAAUUCUAUUCAAAAUGCCUUUAUUGUGCUAUUGGAUAUAAUCAAUCGAUGUGUUGACUCGUUUUCUAAUGAUAAGCAUAAUCUCGAAAUUAAUUCCUUCUUAAAAUCCAUUGAGUGUCAAAUUAACAUUGAGCAUAUCUUAAAUAAAUUGCGUUCUACAAGUUCCAUUGAUGAAUCGAAAAAAACUACUAGUAAUGUUAAAGGCAUUUCAACAGGGGAUCUCAAAACGACAUUCAGGGACGUUGUUGAGGACUACUUGAAUCGCCAUAAUAUGAUUUUCAAACCGCAAAGCAGACCUCAUCCAGCUUUAGGGUGUCCAUUAUACAAAAUUGUGAAGAUGAAUAACGACACCAUUCCAACUGGUGAUGGCUACAUGUGUUAUUUGAAAGAUGAUGUUCUUUUCUUGCAAGUUCUAAAACAAGGUGCAUACAGGCCAGUUGGAAUAAGUGAUUUGGAAGAUCGCAUCAACAGUUUUACAUAA